UGAAGUUAACUUCCAGAGAGGAGACUACUCAGCUCCUGACUUGUGCAGCGACUAGUCGACAACGAAGUUGAAGAAGACCGCGGAGGUGGACGAUCUUUAUGGACGAAUACAGUUUUGCGUCUGUCCCGUUAUGUCCCGUCGCUCAUGGUCUGUCCCGACUAACGCGAUGAGAGAUCGGCCGCUGUCAGUUGCUUCAUGGACUCUUCGCGGACCUUCGGUAGAAAACGCAUUUCUGUCAAGAGACUCGUUACGAGGCUAACUUCGUUUUGCUGAAUAUCCAGAUUUGGGGAACAUGAACUUGUCUCUGGCCAGAAUGGCAGCCCUGAAGAUUAUGCUGCUCAUCUUAGAGUUUUUUUUAUUGACCGAAAGCGCAAGAGGGCCUCCGCGGGUGGCUGAGAAGGUAGCUCACAGACAGACAGCUCGGCUGGGGACUGCCAUCAAGCUGCCAUGCCCGGUGGAAGGAGACCCUCCCCCCCUGAUAAUGUGGACCAAGGAUGGGCGCAACAUCCACAGCGGCUGGAUCCGUUUUCGUAUUCUCCGCCUGGGCCUGAAGAUCAAGGAGGUGGAGACCGAUGAUGCAGGGACAUAUAUUUGCAAAGCCACCAAUGGUUUUGGUAGCGUCAACAUCAACUACACCUUCAUUGUCAUUGAUGACUCUGGUUCUGAUAAGACUGGAGCAGGAGCAGCUGAUGGGCCAGAGUCUGAGUCCAUCCCCGAUGGCUCGUUGGGAAAACUGGUGCGUCCUCGCUUCGCCCAGCCAGCUAAGAUGAGAAAGAGGGUGAUAGCUCGUCCUGUUGGCAGCUCGGUGCGGCUCAAAUGCACAGCCAGCGGCAAUCCCCGCCCGGACAUUGUGUGGCUGAAGGACGACAGGCCACUGACGGAGCAGGAGGUUGGUGAGGGCCGACAGAAGAAGUGGACUCUGAGUCUGAAGAAUCUGAGGCCAGAGCACAGCGGCAGAUACACGUGCAGGGUCUCCAACCGAGCGGGGGAGAUCAAUGCCACGUACAAAGUUGAGGUCAUACAGAGGACAAACUCCAAGCCUAUUUUGACGGGCACUCACCCUGUUAAUACUACAGUGGACUAUGGAGGCACCACGUCGUUCCAGUGCAAGGUAAGGAGCGACGUCAAGCCGGUUAUCCAGUGGCUCAAGCGUGUGGAGACAAACGAGGAAAGCCGUUACAACUCCACCAUUGAGGUGGGCGACCACCGCUUCGUGGUGCUGCCCACAGGGGAGGUGUGGUCGCGGCCCGACGGCUCCUACCUCAACAAGCUCCUCAUUACCCGCGCCAAGGAGGAGGACGCUGGCAUGUACAUCUGUUUAGGUGCUAACACCAUGGGCUACAGCUUCCGCAGCGCCUUCCUUACCGUGUUGCCAGACACAAAGCCACCUAUCACACCCAUAUUUGCGCCAUCUUCCAAUGCCCUUCCUUGGCCUGUCAUCAUUGGCAUCCCUGCCGGGAUGGUGUUCAUCUUUGGCACAAUGCUGCUGUGGUUCUGCCAGAAUAAAAAACACUGCCCCCCUCCCAGUGCUCCAUCUGCAGCUGCACAGGUACUGCAGAGCUCCCACAGGCUACCCUACCGUGAGCGGGACAGGGGCUGUGCGGCCCCCUCAUCCGCCUCCUCCAGCCCGGAGAAAGACUGCAUGGGCUCCAUAAACUAUGAGGAGUACCUUGCCCAGCAGCAGCUUCUCCUCAGCCAAGGGGGCUCUACCCUGCCUGCCAAAAUCUACCCCAAAAUCUAUACUGACAUUCACACACACACGCAUUCCCAUGUGGACGGGAAAAUACAUCAGCAUCAACACAUUCAUUUUCAGUGUUAACCCUUUUAGUGCCAAGUCUUCAGCCCCUUGAAUGGCUCCAGCAUCUCAUGGGGACGAUAGGAGUUGUGGACUGAACCUCUGAGAGCUGGUUUGCAGUGGCAGGUCACCUGGCAUCAUUCCUCAAACUUGCCCUAACCUGUGCCAAAACCCUUCUGACACCUGGACAUUUUUUGGGAGUAUGUAUGCACAGCGUAUUGUGAAAAACAAAAUCAGUGGUCAGUGAUACAAAAUUUGGGAUAUUACUUACGCCAAUUCUAUGUAUGGUGCUUUUUUUAUACCUGUCAAAGUCUCACACCACUAAAAAUCCAUGAAUCCUUGUUGUGCACUUAAUAAAAAAAAAGCCGAAAGAUUCUGCAGUUUGUGGGGGUUUAAUAGCAACUAUUCAGGCUACCUGAGAGAAUGUCUUUCUGUCAGUAGAUUUUGCUGUUUUCCCACAUCUACUUGAGGUGAAGUUGAGCAGGUGUUAGUUGUACUUUUCACCUCUACAGCUGUUGUAGAGCAGAGGUUUUGUGUUUUGCCCAGUCAGGAUGAUGGCAAUGGUACUGAAGUUUAACAAGAGGGCUGGUUUUAUGCUCCUUCUCAGGUAGCUCUUUUGUUUUCUGAUGAUGCAUCAUGUUUGGAAUCUACAUGCAUUUUAACACUGACCACUAUCCUUUACCUUACCGGUCUCAAAUUCCAGAUAUUUGUCCCUCUUAUAAUAGUCACUCAGUACAGGGCUCAAAGGCCACAUGAAAUAGAUUGGUAUAUUAAAAAAAAUGUUUUAGAGGUAUACAAGACUGCAAGGAAUGGAGGAUUUUUUAAAAAAAAAUUGAAGCUGUGUGAUAGGACUGUUUUCACCCAAACUUUGUUUAGGUACCUACCACUAGACAGUAGUGUGUUGAACUAAAUGUCUCCUAGCAAUGGAAAAAAAAUGUGUUUUUGACUGCAACCCUAUCCGACCACAAUUUAUGAAGCUGUCAUUUAUAUUCAAAUCGAGUUGAGUAUUUAAUUUAUUUUGCUAAGAAAAUGUAUCAAAUGUUUAUUUUUCAGAGUAAGGCAUUUUACUUAUCUAUGUAAGUUUAUUAAAGUAUACUGUAGUCGUG